UGGAGUCUUUGUGUAGAGCAAUCACAAUCAACCUGAACAGAUCAAGUUGACGGCGUGGCAUCGAUGGCGAAAUGCGUCCAGGUUUUCGUCCGCUCCCAGUCUGGGGUAGCUCGCGCUUUCUUAACCAAGCCUAGUGCAUCGUGGCAGACGCGCUACGUUCAGACGUCUCACGGCAGGGAUUAUAGUACCAAAACUAGGCCGACAGAGCUGCGGUAUAUAAAUACCCAUCUCGACACAAUCUUUGCGCUCUCGACCCAUCCAGGAAAGGCUGGCAUCGCUGUAAUUCGAGUAUCGGGUCCACAGGCCGGGACAGUGCUAAGAAGCAUGACCUCAAAGGCGUCGCCAUUUCCUAAACCAAGACAUGUUGUCACAAGAAAGAUAAUUUGUCCACAGACAAGCGAGUUGUUGGAUAAGGGCAUGGUUGUUUGGUUUCCAGGCCCUAGGAGUUUUACAGGAGAGGACAGUGUCGAGUUCCACUGUCAUGGAGGCAAAGCUGUAGUGGAUGGUCUAUUGACAGGAAUCGGGAAUGUUGGAACGCAAGUGCGCCUAGCGGAAGCCGGAGAGUUUGCAAGAAGGGCAUUCGAAAACGAUAAACUGGAUCUUACAGAAGUAGAAGGACUAGCUGAUCUACUGAAUGCAGAGACUGAAGCCCAAAGGCGACUCGCUCUGCGACAGGCAGAUGGAGGACUGAAGAACUUGUACGAGGGAUGGAGGACGCAACUGAUCCAGAGCAUGGCUCUGAUCGAAGCAUUGAUUGAUUUCGGAGAGGACGAAAACAUUGAAGACGACGUCUACGAUAACGUGGUGACGAAAGUUAGUGCGCUCUAUAGCGAAAUCAAAAGACACACGGACGAUGAUCGAUGCGGCGAGAUUCUAAGGGAUGGAAUCCAUGUCACUAUCCUCGGACCACCUAAUGCUGGAAAAAGCAGUUUCCUUAAUUUCAUUACAAAACGGCAAGCAGCAAUCGUAUCCUCUAUACCAGGAACGACUAGGGAUGUUGUUGAGGUCUCUCUCAAUAUCGGUGGCUACCCUAUCCUUAUAGGCGACACUGCCGGUCUUAGGUCAUCACAGGACGAGAUCGAGAUGGAGGGAGUUCGGCGAGCACAGGACCGUAUUAGACACGCAGAUAUCAACAUCGCAAUCUUGCCUGUCACUGACUUUCUUCCUGAUACUCUGGGGAAGGAGGAUAAUUUAGGCAGCUCUCAUAGCAGUGGUGUCGAUCCGAUAGUCCUGCAGGCCAUCAGAGACAACCCAAAGACUAUGGUACUGAUUAAUAAGAUGGACCUGUCGAGGUCGGAUGUUCAACAAACAAUGUCCGGUAUUUGGUCACAGUUAUGGCCAGGCGCAGAUCAGGGGAGUGAAUCUGGUAGUCGAAGUGACAGUGACAGUCAUGGCAGUAAGGAACAUGGAGAGGUGAACUGCAGUGACAGCAGAUCCAGGCUAUGGGCCAUCUCAUGUCAGACAGGAGAGGGAAUUGGAUCGUUCCUGCAGGAUUUUAUCAAGACCCUCAAGGACAAAUUCGAGACGAGUCUGACAAGCAGCACAUCUAUCACCCAGUACAGACACAGGAGGCAUCUCGAGAACUGUCUGCAAUCCCUUGAAGCAUUUCUGAAUCUCGGUGCAGGUGAUAUUGUUCUUGGAGCAGAGGAGCUUCGCCAUGCAGCCUCAGACCUGGGCAGGAUCACGGGCCGUGUUGAUGUCGAGGAAAUCCUUGACGUUGUCUUUAGGGAGUUUUGUAUUGGAAAAUAGAGAUAGAAGAGCCAUAGACAGUGAAUGUGCCUUGCAGUAGAUGGUAUGGUAAAAGAGUGCAGCAAAGGCAUAAUUCGUCUAAGCGUGAUGGGAUCAAGUAAUAUGUCUC